AUGACAGACACUAGACGAAGAGUGAAGCUUUACGCUCUGAAUGCUGAUCGGCAGUGGGAUGAUAGAGGCACAGGUCAUGUGUCUUCAUGUUACGUCGAAAGACUCAAGGGCACAUCGUUAUUAGUAAGAGCUGAAUCAGAUGGAUCCCUCCUAUUAGAGAGUAAGAUACAACCAGACACAGCAUAUCAGAAACAGCAGGACACAUUGAUUGUAUGGUCAGAAGGAGACAACUUUGACUUAGCACUAAGUUUUCAAGAAAAAGCUGGAUGUGAUGAAAUAUGGGAAAAGAUUUGUCAGGUACAAGGCAAGGAUCCAUCAGUUGAAAUUACACAAGACAUUGUUGAGGAAUCAGAAGAUGAACGCUUUGAUGAGAUGUCUGAUAGUGUUCAGCCCGUGGAGCUGCCGGCUUGCGAAAUGGGUCGUCUGGAAGAUAUCAGUGAGUUAGUUAACAGCUGUCUUGUGUCACCUGCACGCAAAGAUAAACUUGCUGCAGCUCUUGAAAGUCAACACUACAUAAAGAAGCUACUAAAUCUCUUCCAUAUGUGUGAAGAUAUAGAAAAUAUUGAAGGGUUGCAUCAUCUCUAUGAGAUUUUCAAAAGUAUAUUUCUCCUCAAUAAAAACACACUGUUUGAUACAAUGUUUGCUGAUGAUACUAUAUUUGAUGUUGUUGGAUGUUUAGAAUAUGAUCCAAGUCUAUCACAACCUAAAAAACAUAGAGAGUACUUACGUGAACUAGCAAAGUUCCGUGAAGCCAUUCCUAUAAAAAAUCAAGAUUUGCUAGCUAAAAUACAUCAAACAUACAGAGUACAGUAUAUCCAGGAUAUUGUACUGCCAACACCUACAGUUUUUGAGGACAAUCUGCUAAGCACAUUAUCUAGUUUUAUAUUUUUCAAUAAAGUAGAAAUAGUGAAACUUAUAGAAGAAGAUGAGAAAUUUCUUACUGAUUUGUUUAAAUUGCUUAUGGAUAACAAGACACCAAACCCAAAAAGAAGGGAUUUAGUCUUAUUUUUGAAGGAGUUUUGUAAUUUUUCACAAAAUCUACAGCCACAAGAUAAGGAUGUGUUUUACAAGACUUUAGUGUCAUUGGGGAUCCUGCCAGCAUUAGAAAUUACAUUAAGUAUAGAUGAUCAGAAAACUAAGACUGCAUCUAUCGAUAUUUUAACAUACAUUGUAGAGUUUUCUCCUUCUGUUGUGAGAGAUUAUACUUUACAGCAGGCAAACAAUACUGAAGAGGAACAUAUGUUGCUAAAUAUAGUAAUAGAACAGAUGCUUAGGGAUCGUGAUCCAGAGCUUGGUGGUGCAGUGCAGCUAAUGGGUGUUUUACGUAUACUACUUGACCCAGAGAGCAUGUUAGCUUCUGUAAAUAAGAGUGAGAAGGCAGACUUCCUAAACUUUUUCUAUAAACACAGUAUACAAACUUUAAUAGCACCCCUUCUAGAAAAUACCACUGGUGAAAAGCCUCUCAAGGAAGACUAUCAUACUGUUCAGCUCUUGGGUCUUGUACUAGAGCUUCUUUCAUUCUGUGUGGAACAUCACACAUACCAUAUCAAAACAUGCAUCCUGAAUAAGGAUCUACUUCGUCGUAUAUUAGUGCUGAUGAGAUCGACGCACACUUUUCUGGUGCUAGGUGCACUAAGGUUUAUGAGAAAAAUAAUUGCACUCAAAGAUGAAUACUAUAAUCGGUACAUUAUUAAAGGAAAUCUCUUUGCACCAGUCAUUGACGCUUUUCUUAGAAAUAAUGGCAGGUAUAACUUACUUGACUCUGCUAUAUUGGAGUUAUUUGACUUUAUUAGACUGGAGGAUAUCAAAUCACUUUGUUCUCAUGUAGUAGAAAACUAUGGGAAGAUCCUAGAUGAUGUUGAAUAUGUACAGAUUUUCAAGGCUUUAAAAAUGCGCUAUGAUCAACAUCAAGACAAGCUAAAGGAAAGGGAUAGAGUAAGUGGUAGUGUAGGCGUGGCGGAGGCGGUGGUACCGUCACUUCUACGUACAAGAUAUAGGCGGGAAGCGCGUGCGCCUGACGAUGAGGAGGAGAUGUGGUUCAACGAUGACGACGAACUCGAAGACGAAGCGCCCCUAGACGCGGCGCAGGCGCACGCGCACGCGCACCCGCACACACAUGCGCAUCAUGCGCUCGAUGCUAUUGGGAAAAUAGUUGAUAAGAAAGUGUGCUCGAGUACGGAGAGUGUCAACGGGCCGAGUAGAGUCCUUCUCAGCAGCACAACGACGAGUAAACCAACGCACACCGACGUACAGGUAUCCUCGCCCAGAUUACUCAAUAAGGGUCUGGUGGAUUACGAUGGCGACUCUGAUGAAGAAGAAGAUGCGGCUAGCAGCACGGCGGAGGAGCGCGAUGCGAAACGGCCCCGCCUAGCGUAG